AUGUACAAGUGCCAUCAAUCUAGCGUGACAUUGUUGGGCUUCGUUCCGAACUCCAUCAUCCACUCAAACGAACUCAAAUUUUCACAAUCCAGAUACAGCGACCUUGGAACGAUGGCCACUUUCGAGCGCGGCCAACUUUCAACCUUCUCAACAACGUCAAGGAGAUAUCAAUCGAAGGAUGAGAUUUCCACAUUCGAUCGUGAAGAACAAAUCGGGUCGACGUUGCGGCUCUCUGGAAGGAUGACCGCAGUCCCCACUAUUUCAAACAGUGCAAGAUUUCGGCAGGUGGCUUUGAUUAAGAUGGUCAUCCAUGCUUUUCAGGCGUACCCUAGGAAAUUAUCGGAAUGA